AUGGCGAUGAAGCCUCUCUCCGCCCCCUUAUUCCCUUCCUCUCCCUCUCCUCGCCUCUUCACCUCGCCCUCGCUUCGUUACUUCUCGUUGAAGAGGGGGAGCCCGCGCCUGCCGAAGCUCGCGCGAGCGUCGCAGGACCCCGGAACGACAUUGCUCAUAACUAUUCUGCAGAAUUCACUUAUUCCUUCUCUUCAACAGAAAAGCAGGAGGGAGAUCCUUUUGGAAUAUGUAAAAAAUGUACAACCAGAGUUUAUGGAAUUAUUCAUAAAGAGGGCACCGCAACAGGUUGUUGAAGCCAUGCGCCAAACUGUGACAAAUAUGAUGGGAACACUUCCCCCUCAGUUUUUUGCAGUUACUGUUACAACGGUUGCAGAAAACCUAGCACAGCUUAUGUACAGUGUUAUGAUGACCGGCUACAUGUUUCGGAAUGCACAGUACCGUCUGGAAUUGCAACAAAGCAUUGAACAGAUUGCCCUUCCUGAUCCAGAAAAAAAGGAUUCACCAGAUUAUGCCCCUGGUACCCAAAAAAAAGUGUCUGGAGAAGUUAUUAGGUGGAAUGAGAUCACUGGCCCUGAGAAGAUGGAUGCUGUUAAGUACAUAGAAUUGCUUGAAGCAGAACUUGAGGAAUUGAAUCGUCAGGUUGCUCGACGGUCUUCAAAGGGGCACAAUGAACUUUUGGAGUAUCUAAAAUCCCUAGAACCUCAUAACUUGAAGUCUUUCAUCUUUGAAGUGCAAGCAAGUCGAAGAACAAGUAGAGCAGAAAUUGAACUGACUAGUAGCGCCGGUGAAGACGUGGUUUUCGCCAUGAAUACUUUCAUCAAACGCCUUUUGGCAGUUUCUGACCCUGCACAAAUGAAGACUGCUGUGACCGAAACAAGUGCACCAGAACUUGCGAAUCUGCUUUUCUGGCUUAUGAUUGUCGGGUACAGCGUACGCAAUAUUGAAGUGCGCUUCGAUAUGGAAAGAGUGCUCGGAACUCCUCCGAAGCUCGCUGAGCUGCCUCCUGGGGAGAACAUAUAGGACAAAGAUUACAUUGGAGCAAAGUUUUGGUGCAAAUGAGGAUAAACAAGAGUUACAGAAAUGAACAACUAAUUGCUAUUUAUCCUUGGGGAUUGAGGUAAUUUAUUAGCCCAACUCCAAUUUAUAUACAAUUUAUAACCGAGAAAAGCGGUUUCAGAAAGAAUGUUGUCAUGAUUAAAAGCUGAAUGAAGGAAUAGGAUCUAUUCGGCUUUUGCGGUAUAAUGUUGGGACUUCUUGUUACUUACCAAUGGAGUAGGGGAUGUAAUUGUAUAACAUGUAAAUUUUCUUUUUACAGCUUUGAACUCAUCUUAGAUGGCAAGAGUUUGUUGUGUUAUCAAAUUUGAGUUGGGUGAAA